AUGCGGUAUGUCUCUCAAGGUAAAGUUUACUUUAUUGAAACUGCAGUGAGAUUGGGGUCAAAGAUCAGUGAAACAGUGAAGGGAAAAUUGAGUUUGGGGGCAAGGAUUCUUCAAGUAGGAGGCUUGGAGAAGAUUUUCAAGACAUUGUUUAGUUUCACAGAAGGAGAGAAGCUGUUGAAGGCUUGUCAGUGUUAUUUAUCAACAACAGCAGGCCCUAUAGCUGGUUUACUUUUCAUCUCAUCUAAAAAAGUUGCCUUUUGCAGUGACAGAUCAAUCAAAAUCCCUUGUGCAAAUGGGAAAUUCCUCAGAGUCCAUUACAAGGUUUUGGUUCCAAUUGAGAAAAUAAAGGGUGUUAACCAAGGUGAAAACAUGAAGAAACCAUCUCAAAAGUACAUGGAAAUUGUGACAGUGGAUGGUUUUGACAUCUGGUUCAUGGGAUUCUUGAAUUAUCAGAAAGCUUUCAAGUAUCUUCAACAAGCAAUCUCACAGAGAUUAUAUGAUGUAGAAGUCACUUUCUAGGUGGCUUUAAGAAAUGUUUUCAUCAGAUU